AGCAGAGCACGACUCACACCCGUGGCCAUUGGCUGUCGAUCUUGGCUGCUCAGCAUAGCAUCUACCCAUUGCCAAUAGGCCUGACAGCCACCAUGGCGAGUGCAAUGAGUCUGCGCUUCCUGGGCACGUCCAGUCAGCCCAGCUCAAGCCGCAAUUAUAGCUCCCUCUUAGUCAACCUAGACCGAGAGACUGUCAUGGUCGAUUGUGGCGAGGGCACACAGCGCCAGCUGAUGAAUCGGCACAUCGGAGGGGAAGCAAAGCUGGCUAGCAUACACACCAUCUUGAUCACGCACAUGCACGCAGAUCAUGUACUGGGACUCGUACCGCUCCUCUACUCCAUGAUGGGACCCUCUUCACCGGUGGAGCCUAAUGAUAAACCUCGUGUAGAGAUCUACGGACCUCUUGGGUUGCGAGCGCUGAUCAGGACACAGCUCACACUGUGCUUCACCGGUCUGCAAGGCAAGUACGUUGUCCACGAGCUCCUUUGGCCCGAGCAAAUCCAGCAGCAAAAACAACAGGCCAGCGCCUCGACCUCGACCUCGUCGUACGGCUAUGCAGAGACCCAAGCGCCCCUCUCAGCAGCUGUCCACGGCCCACAGAGAGUCAUCCCGCUCCUGCCAUUUCACGAGUCUGAGCUGCUCGGACGAGACAUUGUGCUAGACGAGGCUACAGCUUCCUGGUCGGACUUCACCUCAGUCAAUGGGGUGAGCAUCAGUGCGGCCCCGAUACUUCAUCGCUGUCCCACUGUCGGAUACGUCUUCAAGGAGCCACCUCAAGCAUCACCUCUACCGAGCGACACUUUCCAGCGCCUGGAUGCUAACGCGGAGCGGCUCUUGUCAGAGAGAGGGGUGCGCAACCCGCGCUCUCUAGUAGGGAAGCUGAUCAAGCAGCGCGAGAGGGUCGAUCUUCCUGAUGGGACGUUUCUUGACCCGCCACCUCUUGACAUCAAGGGGAGAAAGAUUUGCGUAUGCGGUGACACGAGGGAUGCAACUGGCGGUCUGCCCGCCCACAAGGGUCUUGUCCCUUUGGCACAAAAUUCAGACGUGCUCGUGCACGAAAGCACAAACAUCGCUCUGCCCGUCGCUCUAUCACAGUCGAAGAAGCCGCAGACUUUCGAGGAAGUCACAGAGAAGGCCAGCAGUCGUGGACAUUCCACCCCUCAAGGCGCUGGCGCCUUCGCUGGCAGUAUACGCGCCUCUGCUCUUCUUCUCAACCACUUCAGCGUGCGGUACCCAGCUCCGCAUUCGCGUCUGCUCGAAGAGUUCGCCAAUGGCAACAGGAACGGAUCUGGUAGCGGAGCCCUCAAGGCUGACAGGGCUUUCCAAGUGAUGCAAGAGUUCGCUGAGCAGGCUACGCAGGCUUGGCACGCAGCGAUGCCACAGGACGACCCGCCCACGGCACCCUGGCGCAGCAGGAGAGCUAUCCCGUCUUGGGAUGGACUGACUUACGAUGUCUGGCGAGAAGAUCAAGUGCAAGGGCGCAGUGGACAAGCAGCAACAGCAGGGGGAGCAACAGUGAACGGAGUCAGAGAAGGGACACAUCGGCGCUUUGACAGCGGACCGGACCAUCGUGCCGUGGGCAACGGGAGUCGUGGUGGUUCGGGCGGACACAGAGGUGGUAGGCUUGACGACAGAGGCUCACAUAGACACAGAGGCGGCGGUAGAGGUGGCGGCAGUGGAAGUGGAAGUGGCGGUAGUAACGACGGACACCAUGCUGGUAGAGGCGGUGGAGGUGGUCAUCGUCACCACCACAGAGGCAAAAGAGGCGCAGCCGGCGAGCCAUAUCCUCGACCUUCGUGAGCAGGUGAGCGAUCACGUGUCGAAAAAUGUACAUUUCAAUUACGGGCUUCAUUCCAAUGACACUAUAGUAC